AAAAUAUUUGACUUCAUUGUAACAAGGUCAUGGUUUAUUAAACAAUCACACAUGUGGUACGCGUGCACUCCAUUCCGAGUGUAGUGAAUGCAUCACGCGCAAUGCAUCACGGGAUCUGUCACUCACAAGGCAUCCAUGGCAACUACAUAUGUCAGUGGGCAGGAGACGGCGGAAAGCACAAGUGUGCCCUCUUUCGCAUGAACUUUUCGUCGCUUUUUUUAAAAAAAAUUCUUAUUAUUUUUUUAAUUAAAAGAAACGUGCUUAUGGCGACACUUGUUUCCGUUAGGUGAAGUCCGCGAGUCACGGAAGUUAAGCGACAAUAAAGUAGUUUACUCGUUGAAACAAAGCCCCCCCCAAAAAGAAAAGAAAAGUCUUGUCGGUCAUGAACAAGUAGCCAUGUUUGCUAUCCAACGAUACUACGAUAGCUGACAAAAGUUGACUCGGUCCGAGUUAUUCCUUCUUUCCGGCACUCCGCUGUCAUGUCCGCGGGGAAAGUGCCCGCAGACGCGUGUGGGAGCGGCCUGCUGCGAGCCGGCGGCGGCCGUAGCAGCAGGUCCUACGGCAGCCUGGUCCGGUCCAAUCUUUCCCCAGUCCGACGGAGACACGUCGAACACCGCAUCCAGCCCGGCGAAACUCUCCAAGGUCUCGCUCUCAAAUAUGGAGUCACUAUGGAGCAAAUCAAACGAGUCAACCGCUUGUACACCAACGACUCCAUCUUCCUGAAGAAGUCCUUGACCAUUCCUGUGCCGUCACGCCCGGACUCUCACACUGGCGCUACCGACGCUGACGAUGAGGAUGACGAUGUCGAUGAAGGUGCACGUUUGGGCGGCGAAGUGCUCCGGACUGAUAAGGUCCUGACGGCGAGCCCCUCUCGGGCCGCCAGAGAGCUGACGGCGAGGGACUUCUUCAGCCGAUUGGACGGAUUCAUCAACGAGUCCAAGCAGGCGGCCGCCAGAAGAUGGCAGGACGCAGAGAAGAGGCUGGCUGACCUGGAGGCGGUUUGCUCCAGCAGGACGAGCGAGCAUCCGCGGUCACCUUCAGGGAAGCGCCAGCGGCCGCCGCUGCCCGCCACCGCUGUGCCGCUCACCACCACCAAGCUCACCUUGAAGCUGAGGGAGCGGGAAGACGACAUCUUUGAGCUGUGAAGCAACAACCCUUAACGUAGUGUAACACUGAACCCUGGUAUGCUUUUGAAUACAUUUUUUAACACUAUUUAAUCCAUAUGUAUAGGUGCAUAUGAACUAUGUGUGACAUAUCACAUGGACACAAGUCACAUGUUGGUGGUCAAGAAACCCGUGUGAAGCGGCCUCACAAGCCCAACAUGCAACAAUAGGCAAUAUUGUUCUACACUUAUUAACUUAUUCACUCCAGCAGUUGAAACUCUGGUAGAGAACACAGAUGAGAAUGAUUGCAUGAUUCAUUUAUGUAAUCUUGUUACAAGGGAGCGUGAUCAUUUUGUUUAUGUAGCUUUUGUAAGGUUUCUUAAAUAUUUUGUGUUUAAAUAAAAACUAAAAACUGCACAGCAAGGUUAUAGUGUGCUUGUUCAUGUCAAUGUGCGGCGUGUCACAAGCGUUAUCA